AUGGCUUGUGUGCAGUCUGUUAGAUUAAAGGUUUUUGCACCCAAAAGUAGGUCUAUGGAUCCGGAGUCGAUCGUUUCAUUUGCAUGUCGUGCUAGCAAUGGGCUUGGGGUGCUUUCAUCCCGCUUUCUCGGACACCGGUACGACCCAAAAAUGGAUGUUGUACUUGUGACUGGUGGAUCCCAUGGGUUGGGAUGGGAGUUAGCUUGUCAGGUGAUCAAGUUGCAAGGCGUAGUAGUGGUUAUGGAUGUCCAGCCACCGCCGGAAAGAGAAGGAUUAUACUUCUAUCAGUGCGACGUGAGCGACAAGAACCAGGUUUUGGAGUGCCAAAAGAAAAUCUUCAAGGAUGUUGGGAUUGUGACCGUUCUUGUGAACAAUGCCGGAAUUACCAGUGGAAAAAAUGUGCUUGAUUUGACAUUUGAAGAAAUCGAACACAUUAUAGCGGUCAAUUUGACCGCCUGUUUCUAUACCGUGAAGGCUUUUCUUCCUGAUAUGAUAGCGGAGCAUCGAGGCUAUAUCGUCACCGUCGCAUCGGUAUUGGGAUACAUGUCUCCCGCCCAGCUUUCUGCUUACGGUGCUAGUAAAGCAGGACUUAUAGCAUUGCACGAGUCGCUCACGUACGAAUUGGGACCUCCGUCGACCAGUCCCCGAGGAAUCAAAACGCUAUUAAUUUGUCCUGGUCAAAUUCGGACCGGGAUGUUUCUGGGUGUCCACACUCCGUCGUGGAUAGCUCCGCAGCUUGAACCUACGGAUGUGGCAGCAGGAAUCGUCACAGCCAUUCUUAUGGGCCAGAGAGGCGAAGUACGCUGGCCGCUUUAUACCAAUUUGUUGCCUUUUUACCGUGGCCUUCCAUGGCAGGUCUCUGAAGUUGUUCGGUGUAUGACGGGAGUCGACACCAGUAUGAGCACCUAUGCAGCUGACCAACUCAAUUAG